UAAAAGGAAACCAGACCUUACUUUUUUUUAGGUGGCUCACUUCACCUCUCUGUUGGAGGCUGCGCUUUCUGUCUCUCUAGUUCUCUUCGGGCUCCCUUGGAGUAACUAGAGAGCCCAGCACUCCUUUACCUGAGAGCCAAACACCGCGGAGCUGUCGCCAGACUGCUAUGGGCUCACCAGAAAAGCCUGACCCAACCUUGUCCGCAGAAUCUUUUUGGAUUUCCAUGGGAAAAAAUUCUCAGGAUUCAGAAAUGUUAACAAAGAACCUCAGCAAAUUGACACUCAACCCUUCUGCCACAAAAACUUCCCCUGCACCGGAAGUGCCACCUCGACAGUCUGACAGAGUUGUCAAGAUGGUAUUCCAGAGGCCCCAGAGGAGGAGAGGCGUAAGGACAAUAUUAUCUGAGCGGAGAGAGCGACUGGCCAAACUGAGAUUCCUCCUAACGUACCAGUAUUCACAGGUUAAAAAACAAAGCAGAGAUGAUCCUAAUGAAGUUAAGAGUGAAUCAAGAAGUGAGCCAUUCAGAUGUUGCUGCAGUUACUGCCUAGCUCAUGGAUGGGAUCCAUCGGAGAAUGCUAGAAUAGGAAUGGAUUAUGACAAAGAGUCAAUUUAAGCAUAAUCUCUAUUUUACUGUUCUUGCUAGUAAUUUUAUACAGUAGAACACUAUGCUAAGAAACUUGUAUACCAAUAAUUUUGAUGACCUGUGAUAUUAGUUGUAAUUCUUUCUCUUCCUACCUUGGUACCAGUGAUUUAUAUGGAAUCUGUAGUUUGAAUGUAGUUGAAUGACUUUCAAUAUCAUUUAGUUUUUUUGUCUUUCUGGUUUGACUCAGAGAAACCAAUAAGUUCCAUGUAUUCCCAUGUGUUUCAGAAGACUAAAGGCAGUGAGAUGAAACUCAGCACCAAGAGCUGUGCAAAGUGACUUGUGGGAAAGGAAUGUAAAGAAAACAUUGGAUGUUUUGUCUAGAGCAUAAUUAGGACAGAUAAUUAGAUGUUCUGGUUUUCAAAUGUUUGAAUUGCAAUAAAAGGAAAUU